AUGGAGGAAAGGUUGCCAGAGGAAGAGAUUGGCGAUGCUGGCGCGAAGGCGAUUGCUGAGGCACUCAGAGUGAACGCGAUGGUGACUUGGCUUGAUCUGGGGAAGAAUCAGAUUGACGAUGCAGGCGCGCGAACGAUUGCUGAGACACUCAAAGUGAACACGACGCUGACUGAGCUCUUCUUAUAUGGGAACCAGAUUGGCGACGCAGGCGCGCGAACGAUUGCUGAGACACUCAAGGUGAACACGUCGGUGACUUCGCUCGGUCUGAGCGAAAAUCAGAUUGGCGCAAACGCGAUUGCUGAGGCACUCAAAGUGAACGCGACGCUGACUUGGCUCAAUCUUGGUGACAACCAGAUUGGCGACGCAGGCGCGCGGGCAAUCGCUGAAGCACUCAAGGUGAACACGACUGUGACCACGCUUGAUCUAGGCAAAAAUCAGAUUGGCGAUGCUGGAGCGCAGGCGAUUGCUGAAGCACUCAAAGUGAACACGACAGUCACUCGGCUCUACUUGGACCAGAAUCAGAUUGGCGAAGCUGGAGCGCAGGCGAUUGCGGAAACACUCAAAGUCAACAAGACUCUGUCUGAGCUCUAUCUUGGUGACAAUCGGAUUAGCGAUGCUGGAGCAACGCCCAUUGCUGAGGCACUCAAAGUGAACACGACGUUGACUGCGCUCGACCUGGGUAAGAAUCAGAUCGGCAAUCUUGGCAUGAUGGCGAUUGCUGAAGCACUCAAAGUGAACACGUCAUUGACCGAGCACAACCUGAACGUAAAUCAGAUUGGUGAUGAAGGAGCGAAGGCGAUUGCUGAAGCGCUCAAGGUGAACACAUCGGUGAAGAAGCUCAAUCUAGCUUUUAAUUGCAUUGGCAAGGUUGCGGCUCAGGCAAUUCAGGACGCACGCCCUUUGACUGAACUGAAACUCAAUUACCAGAUAAACCCACUUGCGUUUGCCUUACGUCCACGAUUGGCAACUGCUGAAGACCUGCAGAUCGUGUUCCGAAUGCUGACCAGCGGGUUGGAGCUGGAGAAUCAGUCCGCAUCUCUACCUGCACUACCAGCUGAGAUUGCUGAUCUCAUCAUGGACGAGGCAUAUUAUUGGCAAGGCGUGGAACGAGUGAAUUUGAUUGAAGGGACCGCCGAUGGUGUUCUGAAAGUGACAGUGCCUCAGAGCAUCAAUGGGAAUUCGAUCCGCGUGAAAGUAAUUCAGGUGCUUCGGGACAAGAGCACAGAAGGCAAGUCGAAACAGAACUGCGUGUUUUACUUGACUAUUCGAGAUGAGCAAGGUGUUGUUCGAUACGAACACAGUGGAAAAUUUUACCGGAUUCCGUGCACUGUUGUUGAAUUCGGACAGCAGGGACCGUGCUGGACCGCAAACCGACGAUGA